AUGUUUUUCGAGACGGACCUGAUCCGUCUCGGGCGGUCGAACCAGGCGCCGUCGAAAUCCGGCUCGCGUCUGGCGGAAGACUACGGCGUCGAAGGUCAUUUGGCGGCUCUGCGGUCGCCGGCUCAGCUGGCGCCGGCGUCACCGCCGCCACAGCCGCCUUCGACCCCGUCGUCGCCGCCGAUGAAGCUCGCGUCCAUCGCGGCGUUUUCCAAGGUGCGCGGAAAUAAAACGGCGGCUCCUGCCGUCGGGGCGGACGCCAAUGGCGGCAAAGCGCGUCACCAUCAGCACAAUGUCGACGACGUGUUGAAUGAAGACGACGAGGACGGAAGUCCGUCGAGGAACAAGGGGCACAGGAGUAAGAAGAGUAAGGCCAAGUCCAAGCACAGGUCCAGAUCAUCUAUGCGAUAUGCUGAUGCAGAAAAGCCGCCGAGACGAGCCUCGAAACUCAUUGGACGAAGUGCAGAUUCUCUGUCCACAUUGUCGGGCAAGAUUCAACUGUCCAUGAUGAACAGCGGCCUGUUGCCUUUGUCCAGAGCUGAGGAAAGCAGAGCAAUCUCUGCGCUGACUACGAAGCCCGUGGAAAUGGACGCGUUUCCCAAGUACAUGGAGCAGCGGCGUCGGUAUCCGGUCUUGCUCAAAGUGGAGUUCGUCGCGGAAAUCGGCUUUUCCUUCCUUCGAGAAAGAUGUGGGCUCUUCGUGAGGGUUUAUGGUGACGGGUCACUUUUUCGGUUGACCUGCUUUCUGCCUCCCCAAACGCGACACCGUCGGCGAAAUCCGGUCGACUGCAACGCGGAAAAGUCAGACUUCCUGAGCCUCACAGCCACGAGAGCCGUAGGAGAAGGCCACUCCACGAGGCACGGAUCGAAGUCGGAAAAUGAGACCAAGAACCAGAACCCGAAAAUCAUUCCCUGUCGUGUUUCCAUCAUCAUUCACUUCUCCUUCGCCCAGCGUUCUAGUGAAGUGGUUUGA